GCUGCGGAGGGAAAAGCAAAGGAGGACUAGCAGCAGCAGCAGCAGCUCGCAGCCGCCCCGCAGCCUUGGAGCGGCCCGGCACCAGACGUGCAUGCCGGCUCUCAGCUUCCACAGCACGCCACUCAUGUACUCUGAGGCCUAUGGCUGCCUGUCAGCACGUCAGUCCAAGGUGGCCUGCACCUGCUGGCCCUUUCUGCUCAAAGAAUAUGACCGACACCUAGCACCCAGCAAAGGCAUGGCAGCAGCGUACCUGGACCCCAACCUGAACCACGCCCUUGCCUCGGGGGCCAAGUGUCGCCUCAGCAUGGGCACGGAGCGUUCCCCCGGUGCCCCAGAUCGCGUGCUCAAGGUCUUCCACUACUUCGAGAGCAACAAUGAGCCCAGCACCUGGGCCAGCAAUAUCCGCCACGGGGACGCCACGGACGUCAGGGGUAUCAUCCAGAAGAUCGUGGACAUCCACAAGGUGAAGUGCGUGUCCUGCUUCGGCCUGCGCCUCAGUCACCUGCAGUCGGGGGAGGUGCACUGGCUCCACCCAGACAUGGGCGUGUCUCACGUGAGGGAGAAGUAUGAACUCAAGCACCCGCAGGAGGAGUGGAGGUAUGAACUGCGCAUACGCUAUUUGCCAAAAGGCUUCCUGAACCAGUUCAUCGAAGACAAACCAACCCUAAACUACUUCUACCAUCAGGUAAAAAAUGACUAUAUGUUGGAAAUAGCAGACGAGGUCGAUCAAGAUAUUGCACUUAAGUUGGGCUGCCUUGAGAUCCGGAGGUUUUUUAGGGAGAUGAGAGGGAACGCUCUGGAUAAAAAGUCAAACUAUGAGUUAUUAGAGAAAGAUGUGGGCUUGAGAAGAUUCUUUCCCAAGAGUCUGCUGGACUCCGUUAAGGCAAAAACUCUGAGGAAGCUCAUUCAGCAGACCUUCAAGCAGUUCGCCAACCUGAACGACGAGCAGAGUGUCCUCAAGUUCUUCGAGGUCCUGACACCGGUCUACAGAUUCGAUAAGGAGUGCUUUAAGUGCGCUCUAGGGCUGAGCUGGGUCAUCUCUGUGGAGCUGGCCAUCGGUCCAGAGGAGGGAAUCAGCUACCUGACCGACAAAGGCUCCACGCCGACCCAUCUGGCCAACUUCAACCAGGUGCAGACCAUCCAGUACUCCAGCACAGAGGACAAGGAGCGCAAGGGGAUGCUGCAGCUGAACGUGGCAGGAGCAUCGGAGCCGCUCACAGUGACGACUCCGUCCCUGAACACAGCGGAGAACAUGGCCGACCUCAUAGACGGCUACUGCCGUCUGGUCAAUGGGAGCUCCCAGUCCUUCAUCGCCCGGCCGCAGAAAGAGGGGGAGAGAGCCUUACCCUCAAUCCCAAAGCUCGCCAAUAAUGAGAAGCGACUGGAAGGGAUUCGGACAGGCGUCCGUGCCAUCUCCGUUUCCGAGUCAGUGACUCAGACUCCACCUAAAGCCUCGAGAACCAGACGCUUUGUCCUCCCCUUCGUCUUCUGUUCCCAUGAGUCUCCCCCCAAGGAGGAAAUUAGUGGGGACGAGACGGACGACUAUGCAGAAAUCAUAGACGAGGAGGAUACCUACACCAUGCCCUCCAAGAGCUAUGGAUUAGACGAAGCCAGGGACUACGAGAUCCAGAGAGAGCGUGUGGAGCUGGGUCGCUGCAUCGGAGAGGGCCAGUUUGGAGACGUCCAUCAGGGGAUCUACAUGAGCCCAGAUAACCCCUCCAUGUCCGUGGCAAUCAAGACCUGCAAGAACUGUACCUCAGACAGCGUCCGGGAGAAGUUCCUGCAAGAAGCCCUGACUAUGCGCCAGUUUGACCACCCUCACAUAGUGAAGCUGAUUGGUGUCAUCACAGAAAACCCGGUCUGGAUCAUCAUGGAGCUCUGCACUCUGGGCGAGCUGCGGUCUUUCUUGCAAGUAAGGAAGUACAACCUGGACUUGGCCUCACUGAUCCUGUUUGCCUACCAGCUCAGUGCUGCACUGGCUUACCUAGAAAGCAAGCGGUUUGUACAUAGGGAUAUAGCUGCUAGGAACGUCCUGGUAUACUCAACAGACUGUGUAAAGCUAGGGGACUUUGGUCUGUCCCGAUACAUGGAGGACAGCUCUUAUUACAAAGCUUCUAAAGGGAAACUGCCAAUUAAAUGGAUGGCUCCAGAAUCUAUUAACUUCAGACGCUUUACCUCAGCCAGCGAUGUCUGGAUGUUUGGCGUCUGCAUGUGGGAGAUCCUCAUGUAUGGGGUCAAGCCCUUCCAGGGGGUGAAGAACAACGAUGUCAUCGGCAGGAUAGAGAACGGCGAGCGGCUGGCUAUGCCUCCCAACUGCCCCCCUACGCUGUACAGCCUCAUGACCAAGUGCUGGGCCUAUGACCCCAGCAAGAGGCCCCGCUUCUCGGAGCUUAAAACCCAGCUCUGCACCAUCUUGGCGGAGGAGAAGGCGCAGCAGGAGGAGCGCAUCCGCAUGGAGAUGCGGCGUCAGGUCACUGUGUCGUGGGACUCCGGCGGACCCGACGAGGCCCCCCCCAAGCCCAGCAGGCCUGGAUACCCCAGCCCCCGGUCCAGCGAGGGCUUCUACCCCAGUCCUCAGCACGCCGGACAGCACAAUCAUUACCAGGUAUCAGGGUACCCUGCUCCUCAUGGCAUGUCCCCCAUGCCCGGCGGAGGGUACCCACCCCAGGCCUCGGUCCUGGAUCCACACGACUCAUGGAACCACCACCGGCCACAGGACGUCUCCAUGUGGUCACCCAACAUGGAGGAUGGGGGGCCGCUGGAUCUGCGGGGGAUGGGCCAGGGUCUGCCCCCCCACCUGAUGGAAGAGCGGCUGAUGAUGCAGCAACAACAGAUGGAGGAGGAUCAACGUUGGCUGGAGCAGGAGGAGCGCUUCCUGAAGCCAGAGUCCAGGAACUCCAGGGGCAGCAUUGAGCGCGAGGAGGGUGGUCUUCAGGGCCCGGCAGGGAACCAGCACAUAUACCAACCCGUAGGCAAACCAGAGCAUGCAGCUCCCCCAAAGAAACCCCCCCGCCCGGGAGCACCGAGCCACCUGGGCAGCGUGGCCAGCCUCAACCCCGUGGACAGCUACAACGAAGGAGUCAAGCCUUGGCGGAUCCAGCCCCAGGAGAUCAGUCCUCCACCCACGGCUAACCUAGACCGCUCCAACGAUAAGGUGUAUGAGAAUGUCACGGGGCUGGUGAAAGCAGUCAUCGAGAUGUCCAGCAAGAUCCAACCUGCUCCUCCAGAAGAGUACGUGCCUAUGGUGAAGGAGGUGGGGUUGGCACUGAGGACGCUGCUGGCCACUGUGGAUGAGACCAUACCCAUACUCCCAGCCAGCACGCACAGAGAGAUUGAGAUGGCUCAGAAGCUGCUGAACUCAGACCUGGCAGAGCUCAUCAACAAGAUGAAGCUGGCACAGCAGUACGUCAUGACCAGCCUGCAGCAGGACUACAAGAAGCAGAUGCUGACGGCCGCGCACGCCCUGGCCGUAGACGCCAAGAACCUGCUGGACGUCAUCGACCAGGCGCGGCUCAAGAUGAUCAGUCAGCCUCGGCCACACUGAUGCCAGGACGGAGGGCCCCGCGGUGGCGCGUCCCGCGUGCUGCCAGACUGCUCUGACCUUCGGGGGGCCAGCGGGCCGCAUGCUGGGUGACCACCUCACACAAGGACCCUAAGCAGCAGGGAAACCGCGCGGCUUCGUCCCUCGCGCCCUUCCAAGAACACUUAAGACUCCUCAUACUGAUAUCAUGUUCCAGGACCUGUGAACACCUGUUACAGACUCAUUCAGCUGCACCUUCCGGUUUACACCGACUGUCCUUUUAUAUCCAGAGACAAAGUCCAGUUCUAACAGUUCCCAGAAAAAAGGUUUAUGGAAAAAGCAACUGGAAUCCUGGCUAGAGAAAGGAGAGUUCUGGGAAACCCAAAGGUUGAGAAUUCUUCACAUUAAUCACACUGCAGCUUCCUUCAGUGUAUCAUUGUAAUGAUCAGUGCGCUUAUCCCACCACCAUCAAUGCAGAAUCAUAAAUAUAUAUUUUGGAGGUUCACUACAUUUUUUUUCCAGCUGAUAUAUAAGCUUGGGGGGUAAAUCUCUGAAGCGACAAAUAAACUGAAAGUGGAAAAGUAAAUAUUCUGCUUGUCUUUUUUGAAUUAGAAACAAUGUGACACUUUUGUAGUUGGAUAAUAGUUAAGUAUGAAGAAUUUAAAGCCACAAAGUAAAUGUUACAUAGAGGGGUAUGUCACAGUGGUGUGGGGAUCCAUGCGUUAAACGGUCAGAGACUUUUUAUAUUGUCAUGUUUACUUUUACACGUCCUUCCUCCCCACAUCGUCUUUAGCCAGCUGGUCUAAGGAAGAGAUUUUGUUUUACCCCAGCUACAGUAUGUUUGUUACAUUAAUCUGCUUUUGGGUAUAAAUUAUUCUCAGGAAGAAUGGCCUGUACAGUUCCUUGAAUUAAUAAAAAGAUUUAUCAUUAA